CAAACUGUAAAUAAUUAUAUAAUGUCUGUUAAGGACACUCAGUGUUUCCAGACUGUUCUGUUCGUGCUAUGAAAAAGAAAGAAAGUCUAAAAAGAAAAAUCCCCAUGAUGAUCAUGUUUUGAAUUGGAACAUUUAGUUACUCAACAGUCCUAUCUAAUUAAGUCAUGAGAAAUUAAAUAACUCCAGCACAGGGUCGAUAUAAUUACUGCUAAUUUAUUGCUCAGAUUAUUCACCAUUAAUUCUUAUUCUCUCAAACACCGAUUGGAGGAACUAUACCAGAGAGAUAACUGUUUAAUAAUAGUAAACGCUGGGCCUUUCCGUCCCUUUAACGGGUCUAGCAUCGUUUAUGCGUUAUUAGGAUGUGUAAUUGAACAGCCCAUACUUUGCAUAUUACUUUAUUAAGCUAAUGUGUUUUCUGCUUGGCCGUGCACGACUGUGUCGAAGCUUCUGAAUCUUAAAAUUACAACUCAAUUAACACGACCGCUCUGUGCAUUUCACCAAAACUCAUGAGCAUUUCACAAUCUAUACACUCAGAAAAAGUAUCAUGGUAAUAUCAUGUUUUUGUCUUUUAAAUGUUUUAAUUGAAAAAACAAGAAAUGCAUUACAAGGGAGUGCAAAAAAUGUGUCCAGAGAAGUGCGUGUGGGUGCAUGUUUACAAAAGGCUGUGGCUGGGGUGGAGGUAGAGUCUGCCAUUCACCUCUCACUGGCCCUGCGGCCCUGCGAUGCCCUGCAUGCGCUUUUCAGGCUUUGAAAUGGGCUUUAUGCGCGCGAGGAGAGAGAGAGAAAAGGCUCGAGCAGCUGUGACGUGGGCGGCGUUGUUUCAUUCACCUCUCGCCAUGGCAACGGACAGGGGCCCGAGAAAUAUGCCCCCUCCUUGAGCCAUGCGAGAGACACAGAGACACUCUGAAAUCCCAUCAGAAGAUAGAGUGCAGUUAUUUCAACCAUGAAAAUACAACACAAAUAUAAAACAAACAUAUAAUUUGUGUCUGAAAAACUAUUAAUGCUCAGACACCUAUUUAAUCUCCAUAUGGACUGUAAGCAUUUCAUUUUGAACUUCAUUGAAUUCUAUUAUGGUUAAGAUGAUUUGGUUGUGCUCACAACUAGAUUGAGAACCAUUUUGAAUUAUUUACUGAUUGAAGAAAAUGAAGUUGAAACUCAUAAACUCAAAUUACAUCAAUUAGAAGGUAAAAGGAUGAAACGAUGACGAUAUUUUAAAGUGCAUGUCACAUUUAUGAAUUCUGUGCACGAUUCUAUCUUAGUCUUUUUUCUUUUUCAAUAUGAAAUAUCUUAUGCACUCACAUGUCUUUUUAUUCAUUUUUUGUUGAAAAGCGUUUUGUUUUAUCCACUUAUUUAAACUAAAUAUAAUAUAAAUAUAUGAAACACGUUUUAUACCGUUUAUUUUAUUUGUUUACUUAAAAAUAUACACAAUAUAUAGACAGUAAUAAAAAUAUUAAAUUGUUUUCAUAUGCUAGUUUUCACGGUUCGUUUCCCUUUUUUUGUGUACAAAACACUCAAUAAUAACGAAUGCAAGGCAGAAUUAAUUAUUCUGUUCUAUUGGCAUGACUAUAUAAAAAACAGCAAAAUAACUACCUUACAGCAUCUUAAUAAUGUUGAACUGAAACAUUUCAGCUUAAUGAAAAACUUAAUGAAACCAGGCUGGAUACCUUUGGAGCCCACUGCGCCCUGUCACUGCUGAUCCCUCUCUGUGCUUGUUUUCAGGAGAGCGCAAUGGGAUGGGGAUUCUGUGUCGAAUCUACUGCGACCAAUGAACGCGCCGCUGCCACAUCUGUCAAGCGGUCCUGACCAAUAGACAGCAGCGCGAGGCGGAUCUCAGGUGCGCGCCUCUGCGUCCUCGCGGCUCUGGCGCGCUGGGGAGCCGCCUGUGGCACAGAGUAGCUGUGGAAACUAUGGCGACCGCGGCGUCCAACCACUACAGCAUCCUCACGUCCAGCUCGGAGCCCGGCAGCAUGCAGCAGACGCCGCCGCCGGCCUACAGGGACGCGCACAGCCUUCUGCAGAGCGAAUACACCACCCUGCAGAGCAGCGGGAGCACGCUCGGCCACGCGCACCAGUGGCUGACGGCGGCGCUGUCUCACGGGGGAGAGGGGUCGCCGUGGCCCGCCAGCCCGCUGGGCGAGCAGGACAUUAAGCCGGUGGAGGAGCUGCAGCAUUCGCCGAGACAAGCGCAUCUGGUGCAGCAGAGCCAGCAUCACGAGGCGGGCGCUUGGCGCGCGACCACCACCGCGCAUAUGCCGAGCAUGAGCACCUCCAACGGGCAAAGCCUGAUCUACUCUCAGCCCGGCUACGGCGAGCCGGGGAUGCACCACGAGGACCACCACAGCCCGCAUCUGAGCGAGCACGGCCACCCGCAGAGCCUGCACUCGGACGAGGACACGCCGACCUCGGACGACCUGGAGCAGUUCGCCAAGCAGUUCAAGCAGCGCCGGAUCAAGCUGGGCUUCACGCAGGCGGACGUGGGGCUCGCGCUGGGCACCCUCUACGGCAACGUCUUCUCCCAGACCACCAUCUGCAGGUUCGAGGCGCUCCAGCUGAGCUUCAAGAACAUGUGCAAACUCAAGCCCCUGCUCAACAAAUGGCUGGAGGAGGCGGACUCCACCUCGGGGAGCCCGACCAGCCUGGAUAAGAUCGCCGCGCAGGGGAGGAAGAGGAAAAAGCGGACCUCCAUCGAGGUGAGUGUCAAAGGGGCCCUGGAGAGCCAUUUCCUCAAGUGCCCGAAACCCGGGGCGUCGGAGAUCAACUCGCUGGCGGACAGCCUGCAGUUAGAGAAGGAAGUGGUGCGGGUCUGGUUCUGCAACCGGCGGCAGAAGGAGAAGCGAAUGACGCCCCAAAACGGACCGAUGGCCGGGAACGAGGACGUGUACGGGGACGCCUCGCCUCACCACGGGGCGCAGACACCUGUUCCGUGAGAAAGGGGCGGCUUGAACAUAAAUCGACUGUCUCUUUGUCCCGGCCACGAGCCCGUUCGGGGCGGACCGACGGUGAUGAAGCGUCUCUGUGUGUGGCACCUCCGAGGGCGCGGAGCGCGCGUGGUUGCGCGAACAAUAUACGGGCACGGGCGCGAGAAAACACGCUCCGAGGCGUUAUACGCGCCGCGACUGAACCUAAAGAGGGAACGUAAAUACACUUUUAUUUAAGAGAUUUCUUUUCAAGUCCGGGGAUCUGUGAAAGCAUCAUAUCACUUCCAACCGAAAGCUGUGAAAAAGGCGUCAGGGGCGCGCCAUCUUCCCCUCAUGACCACAAAAGGUUUAUUCCUGAUUGAAAUGAAUCCGGUGCAAUGUCUGCUAUUCGUUCUCAUACAGAUAUUAAUGACAAAUGCUUUAUUAUUAUUAUUAUUAUUAUUAUUACAUAUUUCCGUCAUGAUCACAAAAUGUUUGAUUGAAAUGUAUCUGCAAUUCAUUCACCUUCUUAUAUAAAUGGCAAUAAUAAUAAUACUAACUAAACAGCUCCAAAUUAUUUAAAUAAAGGGAUCCAAAUAUAGGCUACUAAUGCAUAAAAUUAAAAACAACAACAAUAAUAAUACUUUUAUUAUUAUUAUUAUUAUUAUUUACAUUAUGUACAUAUUAUAUACAUAUUUACAUAUGUAAAUGUGAUCAAUUCUCUCAAAGUCUAAUUUCGGUCACAACAAAGGCUGCCAAGUGCUGCUGUAUGUUGUUCACUUGCAAAGCAGCCCGAUUUCAUGCAGAUCACGGAUUCGCACUGCUGCUGCAAAACAGAGGCCUGAGGAAACAUUAAAAACCUUCCCCAGAAUCGCACAGUGCUGUGGAUCACAUCGAAAUGUCUAUUCACAAAUCAAAUUAAAUGAUACCAGCUCUUUGUAAUUAACCACUCAAUUGGGUUUUUCUUAACAUUUUGAUUGAAUUUCUAUAAGCAUCCAAUCAAAAGCGCCCACGAUUUGAGACAGUGGCUUGUUUUUCUCUCCUUUUAUUUUAAAUCAUUUUUCUUUGUUUUUUUCUGAUUUGGGAAAUCUAAAAGAAACCCAAAUAGAAUCGUAUGAUUGUAAUAUUUCAUAUUCCAGAUAUAUAUAUAAAAAAAAAAAAAAUAAAAAAAAACAAGCUUUUAUUUACAUUUCAUUAAUUUGUCUGGAAACGCUUAUGGCGUAUAAAUCUCAAGAUUUAAAAACACUAUAUUAAUAGUAAUAAUAAUAAUAAUAAUGUGAGGCCAGUGUUUCUUGCCCAAUUUUUAUUAUAGUAACAUUGUGUGAUUUUGUGCGUCAGCUAAAUGUAUAAGCCUCAACAUGUUUGUAUCUGUUUGAUAUUUUGUGUUUCUUGUUUAUCCCAAAUUGAUCUCUCUUUUUUAACGAGAAAUACUACACCAGCUGUGUUACAAUUAUAUGAUGGCCUGCAUCGAAAAACAAGGACAUUGUGCGUGGAUUUUGAAUUUUAAUUUUCUAUGGCUCUGUGAAUACUUGUAUAUUUGUGCACUUAAACUGGCACUGCCAAAGCACAAGCUGUCAGUGUGCCCUAUUGAGGCCAGUAACGUCUUUGGUUUUGACAGAAAAAUUGCACAGUUUUUAAAAGCCUUUUGUCAUUAAAUGAAUACAUUUUUUAUAUAAAGAAGUGCCUCUCGUGAAUCUGUGCCCCGUGAAUGAAGAUCUUCAAGAUAAAUGGAUUCACAAUUUCACACAUUAUUUGAGCAUCAAGGCUGUUGAAUGUAAUGUUGCCUCGGGAUGAGAUGAUGCUGUAGAUCCCGUUGCAAUUCCUUCGCUUCGAUUUCUACGUGACCAUGGAGGCAAAUGUUUGCCAUUUCACUCGUAAUGAAGACGGAUUAGACCGGUUCAAACGAGAGAACGGAGACGUACGUGAAUAUUUUAUGAUGCUAUUCUGGAUCUAAAUAGGACUCUUUUUUUUUUUUUUUUUUUUUUUAAAUAUUCCAAAUGGAAACAAAAUAUCAAACUACUGCUACUAAUAGAACAUUAGUGAUCUAUAAUAUAUAAUUUACUAGAUUUGAAACGAUAAAAUGUUUUGUAUUGUUUUAACACUGGCUAUUUGUCAGACGGUCUUUCCAAAUAUCAUCGGCCAUUCCAAAAAAUCAAUUUACUGCUUCAUUAAUGAACAAUUUUAGGAAAACGAGCAAAAACACACUAGAUGUCUUGUUUAUUUGUAGCCUAUUUAUUGUGUGUUUAUAAUGAAUAGUGAAUCCCAAGGCCUUGGAAAUAUCGACUGCCUUUAAAAACCCGCAUUUGUGUGUGUGUGUGUGUGUGUGUGUGUGUGUGUGUACCUGCUUAACAAUAUUCUAGAUACAAAUUUGUGACCAAAAGUGAGCUAAAUAUGACAAAAACUCCCAAUAACUCAUUUUGGGGAUGUCCUUAUUUUUAAAAAUGUCAUUAAAAUCAAAGGUUUUUUUAAUUAUUAUUGUAAAUGCAGAAAGUUUUCUGGUAGGUUUAGGGUUAGUGUGUGGGUUAUGGUUAGGCUAUAUUUAUAGCUGCAUAUAAAAACAAUAGAAAUCUAUGCAUUGUCCCCAUUUAGAUAGCUAAGUUAACGUCUGUGUGCGCGCGCGGCGCGUGUCCUCUCCCUGCGAGUAUGUGCUGUGAGCGCCAUCUAUUGACAAAAUGUGUUGGAGCAACUCUUAGUGAAAUAGAGAUAGCUGUUUUCUUGGUCUGUUUAGUCAAAGAUACAGAUAUAAAGUCGUGGAAUAUGAGCGUGGCGGUGUAUUUUAUAAAUAUACCGUUUUUAGUCACUCAUCUUGCCUGCGUGUUGUCAGUGCAGAUUGUACCAUGAAGAUUUGUAACAUUAUAACCAGUGUUGUGGAAAGUUACUUUUUAAAGUAAUGCAUUACAAUAUUACGCUACUCCCUAAAAAAAUAACUAAUUGCGUUACUUAGUUACU